UCCCGUCACUUGCAGCAGCACCUAACUGGGUACAACUCGUGACAAUGGAGAAGAAUCCGAUAACACUGCUGCUUUUCCUGCUGAUUUGUCACUCGUGCUACAGCGUGGUAGUCAACAAUGAUCCCUGCAGUUGGAGUCCGUGUCAGAAUAGAGGCGUAUGCACACCGCAAGGCACCGGGUACAGGUGCAUCUGUUGGCCUGGUUACUCGGGUGUGAACUGUGCAGUAGUCAACGAUGAUCCCUGCCGUUUGAGUCCGUGUCAGAAUAGAGGCACAUGCACACCGCAAGGCACCGGGUACAGCUGCACCUGUCAGCCUGGUUUCUCGGAUGUGAACUGUACAGUCUGCAGUACCAAGAUGCUAGACAUCCUGUUCAUUGAAGAUGUGUCGUUCUCCAUCGGCAAACCCCGCUUUGACGAAAUGAAACGAUUUCAAGAGAGUAUGCUAAACUCUACCACCAUAAGCACUAGCGGUGAUAACGUUGCAUUGAUGGUGUUUUCUUCAAACGCAAGUGUAGUAUUCAAACUCAAUAAAUAUAGCAACAGCAAGUCGGAUGUUCUGGAAGCUCUCAAGCAGCAGACAUACGAAGAGGGUCCCAUUACGAACAUCAGCGAUGCCAUCAAGCUGGCUUCGAGACAAGUUUUCAUCCCUGUUAAUGGCGACCGUAUGUACGUUGAAAAUAUGGUCGUCAUGUUUACCGAUGGGUACACCACAAGCGAGGACCGGGAGGCCAUUGCUGCCAGUAUUGGUGAUCUGAAAGCCAAAGCUGAGGUAUUUGUUGUUGCUAUCUCGGCAGUGGAUGCCAAUUCCACAGUCAACGUGAUUGCGUCGAAACCUUCCAACGUCUUUCAUAUUGACGACCCUAAUGCAGCCAGUGCUAUCCAAAAGAGGAUGAGGUUUUGUCUCCUAUCCUAAGAUAGCUGGACUAAAUGUUAUUUCGUGUCCAAUAAAUGGUCUGCAUAU